CUUUUCUUUGGAUUUGGGUGGCUUUUCUUCAUGCGCCAAUUGUUUAAGGACUAUGAGGUACGUCAGUAUGUUGUACAAGUGAUCUUCUCUGUGACUUUUGCAUUUUCUUGCACCAUGUUUGAGCUCAUCAUCUUUGAAAUCUUAGGAGUGUUGAAUAGCAGUGAACAAACUAGUCAAAUAUUAAUUUGUGUGUUCCUAUAUUUUUAAGUAGAGCAAGCUCUGUAACAUAGAUCUAUUUUCCUUAACAGUCUUAUUUCUAUCUUAGUGCACAAACAGCGACUGCUUUUUUCCUGUCUCUUAUGGUUGACCUUCAUGUAUUUCUUCUGGAAACUAGGGGAUCCAUUUCCCAUUCUCAGCCCAAAACAUGGAAUCUUGUCUAUAGAACAGCUCAUCAGCCGGGUAGGUGUGAUAGGGGUGACUCUCAUGGCUCUUCUUUCUGGAUUUGGUGCUGUCAACUGCCCAUAUACUUACAUGUCCUAUUUCCUCAGGAAUGUGACUGACACAGAUAUUCUAGCCCUGGAACGGCGACUACUCCAAACUAUGGAUAUGAUCAUAAGCAAAAAGAAAAGGAUGGCAAUGGCACGAAGAAAUAUGUUCCAGAAAGGGGAAGUGCAUAACAAACCAUCAGGAUUCUGGGGAAUGAUAAAGAGUGUUGCCACUUCAGCUCCAGGAAGUGAAAAUCUUACUCUUAUUCAACAGGAAGUGGAUGCUUUGGAAGAACUAAGCAGGCAGCUCUUUCUGGAAACAGCUGAUCUAUAUGCUACCAAGGAGAGAAUAGAAUACUCCAAAACUUUCAAGGGAAAAUACUUUAAUUUUCUGGGUUACUUUUUCUCUAUUUACUGUGUUUGGAAAAUUUUCAUGGCAACCAUCAAUAUCGUUUUUGAUCGUGUUGGAAAAACUGAUCCUGUUACAAGGGGCAUUGAGAUCACUGUGAAUUAUCUGGGAAUCCAAUUUGAUGUGAAGUUUUGGUCCCAACACAUUUCCUUCAUUCUGGUUGGAAUAAUCAUUGUCACAUCCAUCAGAGGACUGCUGAUCACUCUUACCAAGUUCUUCUAUGCCAUUUCCAGCAGUAAGUCUUCCAAUGUCAUUGUCCUGCUGUUAGCACAGAUAAUGGGAAUGUACUUUGUCUCCUCUGUACUGCUGAUCCGAAUGAGCAUGCCUCUAGAAUACCGCACCAUAAUCACUGAAGUUCUUGGAGAACUUCAGUUCAACUUCUAUCACCGUUGGUUUGAUGUCAUCUUCCUGGUCAGCGCUCUCUCCAGCAUCCUUUUCCUCUAUUUGGCUCACAAACAGGCACCAGAGAAGCAUAUGGCACCUUGA